UUAUACAGAAAGAGUCUGAGAAGUGGGUGUUACUGUCACCUUUGAGCUUUUCCGUUGUAUACUGUAAAUUAUUUGUGAAGAUUUUCUUAUUUUCGUUAUUUUUUAUUUUCCGGCUCUCGAUUUGUCUGCGUUUUUAUGAGAUACUCCGUAGUAGUUCUCCGUAUAUUGUUUAAAAUUUAAACGCCAGCGACAGACGGCGAUAUCGUCUGCUUGAAUUCUGGCUGUUGCACAGCACCCCUUUGCCCAUAUCCAUGCUGGCUUCACAGGAAUCAUGAGUAAUUCAACGAGUUCAGGAUCAAGCGAUAUAGCUGCUGAUUCAAUAGGAGGAAUUGUGCUGGUGCCUUUCUUCCUUAUCACCGUGCUAGGUAUAGUUGUAGCUGUGAUCAUGUAUAUAAAGAAGAGAAAAAGAGUGGAUCGACUUAGGCAUCAUCUACUACCUUUAUAUAGCUAUGACCCUGCAGAAGAGAUACAUGAAGCAGAACAAGAGCUCCUUGGACAGGAGACAAAGUUGGUACAUGGCUGGAGAAGUGCUUAUCACCAAUACAAAGGAGCAGCUAUACGUGAUGUGACAGCCUAACACCUCCUCUUUAUGCUUCAUACAGCUGAUCUGGACAUGGAUUUGAGGAUAAUCUGCAGAGCACUGAUCCUUUCAUCACUGCCCCUGCUGCUGAAUUACAAUACUUUGUUUAUAACCAUUUUAAAUGCUAUUGUAUUAUUUAUGUGAAACACAAUGUCUUCAUGUAGAGAUAUUUAUGUGUAUAUAAUAUAUACAUACUUACA